AUGGCUUCUGCCAAUACCAUCACUCUCCAAAGCUCCGACGGGGUCGAAAUUACAGUGGAGCGUGAAGUUGCUGAGCGCUCCGUCUUGAUCAAGAACAUGCUGGAGGACCUGGGCACAACUGAUGAGCCGGUCCCACUUCCAAAUGUUAACGAGGCCGUUCUGAAGAAGGUCAUCGAAUGGUGCACUCACCACAAGAAUGACCCCCCAAGCACGGGCGACGAUGACGAUUCUCGCCGCAAGACUACCGAUAUUGAUGAGUGGGACCAGAAGUUCAUGCAGGUGGACCAGGAGAUGCUUUUUGAGAUCAUCCUGGCUGCCAACUACCUCGAUAUCAAGGCUCUGCUUGAUGUUGGCUGCAAGACGGUCGCCAACAUGAUCAAGGGCAAGUCUCCGGAGGAAAUUCGCAAGACUUUCAACAUUCAGAAUGACUUCACUCCGGAGGAGGAGGACCAGAUCCGUCGCGAGAACGAGUGGGCUGAAGAGUACGUUUGCACUUGUCUUUUUCCCUACGUCUUACAUACUAACUUCUCUCGCUAUCUAGCCGCUAAUGUGAUCGACGAUCUGUCCCUUUCCCUGCGCUUGGCUACCUUGUGCCUCAUGCACCUGAGGCUUCGGGUGCUGGACGGUGGCCAAGAACGAAAGGCUAAAGGCAUACGAUGUGUUGAUGACAUGGUAUCUUUGGAAGGCAAUUGGCGUAGCGGUAGCCUUCCUGUAGAAGAACUAGCUGAGUCUAUCGAGAAGAUCGUAUAA